AUGUCAUCGGAUUCUCUUCAAAUUGAAAAUACUUCUACAACUAAAGAUUUAUGUUCAUCGUCAAAUAUAGAUUUAGAUGAAUUAUAUUCAUCAAAUAAAGAUUGUUUUGAAACAAAAGAAUUAUCAUUUAAUAAUCGUAAAGAAUCAACAAUAAAACUUCCAUAUCCCGUUAUAUAUGAUCAUCGUGAUCCAUCAUCUGUACUUAUACUUUUACAAAAAGAAACACAAACAACAUCAAAAAAAAUUCUUGAUAUUAUACAACAAAUUGAAAAUUGUGAAAAAUAUUUAACAGAAAAUAUACAAUUAGAUAAAAAUAAAAAAUCUUUUAAAUAUGAACGUGUUAAAUUAAAACAACAAUUAGAUGGAUUAAAAAAACAUGAACGUCGAAUUAAUUUACAAAUUGAUUUUAUAACAACAAAAAUUGAAAUAAAAGGUUUAGAAGAUGAACGAAAACAAUUUAUGAAUGAAAAAAAUUUUGAUGAAAAUAAACAAAUUAAUAUUUUAUCGGGAAAAUUAAAACAAAAAUUAGAUAAAAUGAAAAUUUAUAUGAGAACAAGAAAUGAACAAAUGAAAAAAUUAAUUCAUGGAAAACAACGAUCAUCUACAUCAAAUGAAAGUCGACAAAAAUUAUCAACUAGUCAAAAACCACAACAACAUCAUCUAAAUUCAUCAGAUUUGAAUCAAAAACGUUCAUUAUCAUCAUCUACAACUAGUUCACAUUCAAAUAAACGUCUAAAAUCGACAAAUCAUAAUCAAAUAAAAGCACCUGUUGUUCGUCUAACAUCACGUUUAACAGGUCAUCAAUCUCAAUCUCAUUCAAUACGAACACCAACAGUAAGAUUUCUAAAUAAAACAACUGGUUCGUCAAUGACAACACUGAAUUCUUCAUCACCAACGACACCAGCAUCAUCAUCAUCAACUUUAUCACCUCCUUUAAUGGCAAGUACAAGUAUGGGAGAUGCAAAUAAUAUUCAAAAUUCUCGACAACAAAUGGAAAUUCCUUCGAUUGGUGAAGAUGAUGAACUUGAUCUUGAACUUGAUAUGGAUGAGUUAUUUGAUGAUGAUCCGUAUUUUGAAGAGAACAUGCAAGAAUUUGAGUCUGGAACACGACAACUUAAAAUCAAUCAGGAUAUUUCGAAAAAAGAAUCUUAA